GAAAGAGAAGAGAAACAGCUUCUCGUCUGUUGUUGUUGUUGUGACAGUGAAACAGUAUCUUUCUUUAAUUGUAACCAAGACUUCACCAUGUCCACCAGCUCCAACGUAACAUAGCGGCAAAAAAACCCUCUCUAUAUAUACACACAUAUAUACAUCUUAUAAUAUAUUUGUGUAUAUAUAUUUAAGUAUAUAUAUAUUUACGCACAAACACAUGUAUGAUUACACAUACGUAAAUAACGGGAGAACUACUGUAUAUAGAUAUACACACAGGACAUAAGCUUGAAAGUCUGCCCCAGAAGUCUUUUAGUGAAGAAACCAAGAUGAGACAGCUGAAACGAGAACCUUGUUGCAGUAAUUUGGUCUUGAAAUACAUGUUUCUUGUAUUUAAUUUUUUCUUUUGGAUAUCCGGCAUUGUGUUAUUGGUAAUAGGAAUCUGGCUGGUGCGAGAGAAACACCAUUAUAUCGAACUGCUGGACAACAACUCCUUCCCUGUGGCCACCUACCUCCUGAUAGCUGCUGGUGCCAGCAUAUUGGUCAUUGGUCUCCUUGGAUGUAUCGGUGCCAUUAACAAUGCUACCUUGCUUUUAUUGAUUUACUCUAUGUUCCUUUUGGUCAUUUUCCUCCUGGAGGUCAUAGCUGGAACGGUGGCCUGUAUGUAUGGUGACUCGAUGAAUACGGAGCUGAAGAAGAGUCUGAACCACACAAUGCUGGAGAGUUACAAAUACAACAGAGAAAAGACUGAAGCCAUUGACAAGAUGCAGAUCACGUUUCGCUGCUGUGGUGCUGGUUACUACAAAGACUGGAGGGCAAGCAGAUGGCUGCGGUUAGACCAAAAUACAGAGAAUAAAGCGCCUGAUAGUUGCUGUAGAACCCCCAGUAUUGGAUGUGCCAAGAGGGAUCAUCCUUCAAACAUCUACCACAAGGGCUGUGCUAGUAAAUUGGAAGAAUUUUUCCAAGACAAUCUCUACAUAAUUGGAAGCGUUGGUCUUGGUUUGUGUUGUUUACAGAUUAUCGGAACAGUGUUAGCAUGUUGUCUAAUGCAACGUGUCAAAUGGGGAACAAGGCUGCAAUAAUUGGGUGCAGCAUUGCACAACAUUAGAUCCCUUGCUGCAUCAUGCUGAACUGCAUCAACACAGAACUAUAUACAUGUGCAUAUAUACCAUUUAUACAUGCACAGACAUGGUUAUAUAUAUACAUACACUCUCUCAAUGUCUCUCAGACCUACAUAUAUACAUACUGUUUAUACACACUAACAACACAUCUGAGUAUAUAUAUCAUUUCACUGUUGAUUUCACCUAUAUACACACAUAACUAUGUGUGUAUAUAUUACAUAUUUGUAGAAAUUAUGUGUAUGCAUGCAUGAC